AUGUCUUCCACUGCGUACUCUUCCACUCCCCCAAAGAUCACACCGGCCUCGUGUGAAGGCGAUCCCAACUACAAGGCCCCAAUCUUCCCACUCGGCCCUUUCACCAAAUACUCUGGCAAUCCAUUGCUCCUUCCAAACCCGGUCAACGAAUUCGAGUCGGCAUACAUAUAUAAUGCUGCCGCAAUUGUCUUGGACGACACGGUCUUUCUGCUUUAUCGCGCCCAGAACGCUGCCAAAGUUUCUACCAUUGGACUAGCCUGGUCGUCUGAUGGCUACGAAUUUACACGCCUCGAUCAUCCAAUUCUGGAACCCAGCGAGCCCUGGGAAAUGGGCGGUGGUGUGGAAGAUCCGCGUGUGGUGCGCAUCGACGGCGUCUUCUACAUGACCUAUACCGCGUGGGAUUUGAAGGUGCCAAAACUCUGCCUUGCGACAUCGACUGAUCUGGUACAUUGGGAGAAGAGGGGUGGUCCUCUGUUUCCAGAUUUUAUCGACGUCGACGAUGCGCUCGAUGGACGUAUCAAAGUGCGUUUCGGCCACUCCAAGUCCGGCGCAAUCUUCCCAGAAAAGACAGCAGAGGGUAAAUACAUGAUGAUCUUUGGCGAAGCAUAUCUUUGCGUGGCUGAGAGUGAGGACCUGAUCAACUGGAAAGCGUGGCCCUUCAACGAGUACUUCGCAAGAGGUGUCCAUGAGUGGGAAAAUCGCCUCUUGGAACCCGGUCCAACCCCAAUUAAGACCCGCGAUGGCCGGUGGAUCCUGGUGUACAAUGUUGCCACGAAAGGCGCUUCUGGAUUCAAGUUCAACCAGUAUUCUAUCAGUCAGAUGUUGAUCGACCUCGAGAAUCUUAAAGACGGCCCGCUCGCUCGCCUCGACCGACCGUCAGUUAUCGUGUCAGCCAAGAACGAGCAUCUUGGACAAGUCAACGAGGUCGUGUUCUGUGAAGGCAUGGUGCAAUUUAAGGGGAAGUGGUUCCUGUAUUAUGGACAAGGAGAUAGCGAGCUGGGAGUCGCGACUGCCGAGGUUCAGCCAUAA